AUGGAGCUCGAGGUGGAGAACCAAAGUCAGCGUUUCAACGCAUACACCGCUGCCUGCUACACCUGCAUUGGGGAUGGGUGUGGACAACUUCAUCUCUCUUCUGAUAUAUGCACGUUGGGAGCGUUCAUCUGCAAGUUCAUCUACUACUUCUUCACCAUGUCCAUGCUGGUCAGCAUUUUUACGCUGUCGGCCAUGUCCGUGGACCGCUACGUGGCGAUCGUCCACGCCAGGAAGUCCUCUUCAAUCCGCGUGUGGAGGCACGCCAUGCUCGGGGUGGUGCUCAUCUGGAUCCUGUCCCUGGUCAUGGUUGCGCCCGUUGCGCACUACCAGAGCAUCGUAGAGAGGGAGGUUAACAACACCUUCUGCUGGGAGGUCUGGCCGGAUCACUACAGGAAAAUCUACGUGAUGUGCACGUUUGUUUUGGGAUCUGUCCUGCCUCUCGUGUUGAUAUUGGUCUGCUAUGCAAAGGGUUGA